UAAAAAGGGAAAAAUAAUCUACAUACCUCCCCGCCACGAUGAAGGACAGCAAAGGGUGGGACGGAAAACUGAGAGUCGGUCCCCAGGCAACCAUUACGAAUCCAGAGGCCAUAGAAGACCCGGAUUACUCGGAUGAGGAUGCGCCGCCGGUAGAGGAGAUCGAGGCCGACGAAGACUUGCUAGAGGAUGAGGACAAGGAUACUGAGGAGAUCGAUCUCGUCCAUUGUCGUAUUGCGUCCGUCCCGGCUUUACAUCUAGAGCGAUUUCCUAAAGUACAGAGAAUAUGUCUGCGGCAGAACCAAAUAACGCGGAUCGCGUUUCCUUCUGAAAUCGCCGGGUCGCUGGUCGAGCUCGAUCUCUACGAUAACCUUAUUUCGCAUGUGAAGGGCCUAGAUGAGUUCAAGGAUCUGACUAGUCUGGACCUGAGCUUCAAUAAGAUUAAGCAUAUCAAGAACAUCUCGCAUCUGGUCAAGUUGACGGACCUGUACUUUGUGCAGAACAAGAUUUCGAAGAUUGAAGGGCUAGAGGAGCUGAAGCUGUUGAGGAAUUUAGAGCUGGGUGCUAACCGGAUCAGGGAAAUCGAGAACCUUGAGUCGUUGACGUCUCUGGAGGAACUGUGGCUCGGGAAGAAUAAGAUCACUGAGUUCAAGAAUCUAGAUGCUUUGCAGAACCUCAAAAUCCUCUCUAUUCAGUCAAACAGACUCACUAGUUUGAACGGACUCUCCUCCCUCAAGAACCUCGAAGAGCUUUACGUCUCUCAUAACGCUAUUACCGAGCUCAGCGGUCUCGAAUCGAACACCAAUCUACGCGUUCUUGACUUUUCGAACAAUCAGGUCUCUAAGCUCGAGCAUCUAUCGCAUUUGACGAACCUAGAGGAGCUCUGGGGGUCGAACAACCAGUUGUCUAGCUUCGAUGAGGUGGAGAAGGAGCUGAAGGAUAAGGAGAAGCUACAGACGGUCUACUUUGAGGGCAACCCGUUGCAGACGAAGGGGCCUGCAGUGUACCGGAAUAAGGUGCGCUUAGCGAUACCGCACAUUAUGCAGAUUGACGCUACGUUUGUGAGAAUAGCUUAAUUACCGUACUAGGACUGGCAUGGCUGAUGAUACAAUGGAAAUCAUGGUUAAUGGAAAGCGGAUUUCAUUCCUAUACAUCUCCUAUGUUACAUGUAGAUUAAGAGAAACUUCAUAUUCUCUGUGUUUACGAUGUGAUACCUCGCUUUGAGGAGGUAUACUUCGAGCCUGCUCGACCUCUGGAACGAUCUACAGAUCGUCCAUAGCCUGACGGGCACUAGCUGAGCAUCGCUCAACAGUCGUGCCGGGAAAAGUCUCUCUAUCCGCCCUGGAAGACAGCGAUGCAGCAUCACGCCCAACAAGACCAACAGAGCAUCCUAAUGCGUGCAUGCACACUCACACGCACGUCGCAUUGCCCAAGCCAACCCAUCCUCAAUCCACCUCCAUGUCCUUACCCUCAACCGUCCUCUCCCCAGAAUUCGACCCAUCCCCACCCUCUUCCCCCCUAAGCCCUCCCUCAUAAAGCGCCAUCAAAC